AGAAGAAAACUCUCCGUCUUUCUUUGUACUUUUGCUUCACCUCUCUCUUCUUCUUCUCUUCUCUGCUUCUAUUUUCCGAUUCAAGCAAAAUUCAUCUAGGCUGGUCAAUUUGAAAAAAUGUCGCAAUCAGCCGUAGAUGUUCCGCCAAAGGGUGGGUUUAGCUUCGAUCUGUGUAAGAGAAAUGAUAUGCUUACACAAAAGGGUCUUAAAGCUCCUUCUUUUUUGAAGACUGGUACAACCAUCGUUGGUUUGAUCUUCAAGGAUGGUGUGAUACUAGGGGCAGAUACCCGAGCAACUGAGGGGCCAAUUGUUGCUGAUAAGAACUGUGAGAAGAUUCACUAUAUGGCACCAAACAUAUAUUGCUGUGGUGCAGGAACUGCGGCUGACACUGAAGCAGUCACUGAUAUGGUCAGCUCACAGCUGCGGUUGCAUCGUUACCAGACUGGUCGAGACUCUCGGGUCAUUACUGCUUUGACCCUUCUCAAAAAACAUCUUUUCAGCUAUCAAGGUCAUGUCUCUGCUGCUCUUGUGCUUGGUGGAGUUGAUAUCACUGGCCCUCAUCUCCAUACUAUAUACCCACACGGUUCAACUGACACUCUUCCAUUCGCUACAAUGGGUUCUGGUUCUCUUGCUGCUAUGUCUGUGUUUGAGGCAAAGUAUAAAGAAGGCCUGACUAGGGAUGAAGGAAUUAAGCUGGUCGCUGAAGCCAUAUGCUCGGGUAUAUUCAAUGACCUGGGUAGUGGUAGCAACGUGGACAUCUGCGUGAUCACAAAGGGGAACAAGGAAUAUCUGAGGAAUUACAUGGAACCAAACCCAAGAACCUAUGUCAGCAGCAAAGGCUAUUCCUUCACCAAGAAAACCGAGGUUCUUCUUACCAAAAUCACCCCAUUGCUGGAGCGAGUCGAAAUUACAGAAGUCGGUGAAGCUAUGGAGGAAUGAAUCAAUAUAUCAAUCUCAUAUCUCUGCUUUUGUCAUUGAUCUACAUCAAGGCUCUGUGUACUCUCAUGAUCUCAUCUUCUCAGUCUUGUCUUAUUCCCAUGUUUAAGGAUCAUUCGAAUCUCCAUCUUAGAUUUCAAUAGAGAGGAUCAGACUUGGAGACUUCGUUC